UCCCAGCACUUGGGAGGCAGAGUCAGGUGAAUCUCUGGGAAUUCAAGCCCAGCCUGGUCUACAGAGUGAGAUCCAGGACAGGCACCAAAACAACAUGGAGAAACCCUGUCUUGAAACAACAACAACAAAAAAGUAGAGUGUGGUGGCACACACCUUUAAUCCCAUCAUCAGGAGGCAGAGGCAGGCAGAUCUCUGUGAGUUCAAGGCCAGCCUGGGCUACAGAGUUCCAAGGAAGUCAGGGCUGCACAGUGGGACAAUGUGUUUGGGACAUAGUCCACACAUGCAGGAACAGUAUGCUGAAUGUUCACGUGUGUGACACCAGUGCCACUGCCUAGGCUUGAAAAUCCCCUCUUGGGAAUGCAGAUGACAGAGAAAGACCCUGACUAGACAAAUGACAUCCCAACUUGUCACAAAGGGAGGUGGUGGCAUAUAGCCUUUGUUCACCCCCCUGCUCGACUGAGGCUUGAGUUCAUGAAUGACCUCACAAUGUCCAGGCUGGUGGCCAGUGCACAGCCACCUUCCCAGUCCACCAUGCUUACCAUCCUGUGGAUACUGCUCAGCUUUGUGCUCCCCGUGUUGGGGCUCCACCUUCCUGUCAGCUGUCCCCGGGCCAAGGAAUGUCAGCUGGCCCUCCUUUCCAACAACGAUGCUCUCUUGGAAUGUAGCAUCUCCAAGGCGCACUGGUUCUUCUUUGGGCUGGACACAGGUGACAAGCCCAUUAGCCUCGCCAUUAUUUCCAAUACAAAGCAGAAUCCAGACGGUAGUCUCCUUAUCAAAGACCCAUCGCCCUUCAACACAGGCCUCUACGAAUGCCGGGACAAGAAUGGAAACCAAGUGACUGGGUAUAAGAUUGAUUUCCAGGAUAUCAAAAGGCUGCAUGUCACGCACAUAGACCUGGGUCAGAAGCCCCUGGCAAACGCAACACUGAACCUGGGCCACAGAGAGGUACUGUACACCCGGUGGGAACCUUGGCAGAAAUGCAACAGCUGUAAGAGCCAGGGCGAGCGCAAACGCCUGGGUUACUGCUAUGUUAAGGAGCCUCUGGAGGAGCCCAUACCCUGUGGGUUCUACUUGGGAGAGACAAAGAGAUAUUAUGACCGAGUAAAGCCUGAGAUGCAGGUGGAAAACUGCCACGAGAUGUGCCAAGGCCCUCCGACGGGUGGGGACUAUGUCAUCUUCGAUAACUUCAGGCUCACGGAGUCAGAUUCUGCACAGCUCACCUGUCCCUUUGCAUCCAUCUACAGGCCUGUGCGCUGGGAAGCCAACAGCAUCACUCUGACAUGGCGGGAGCAGCUCUCGGGCGAGGACCUCAGCAGCUUCAUGGACCUGUACAGCGGUGGCCGGCAGCUGCAGAUCUUCCAGCCAGCCAUUUACAGAUGUUUUGUGCAACAGGAACUGAUAGCCCAGUUCAACCCCAUAACCUCCGUGGAUCUGCUGGAGGCUGAGAGUCAAUCCAAGGGCCCAGGGCAGCGGCAGUUUGGGAAGGCAGACUCUGUUCUCAGGGGCCUGCAGUUGGUGCUGCUGAUGGUCUCGGUACUGGUUGUGGGAGGGCUUCUCUGUAAGGUGGUCUUCCGUCCCAUCCAAGGCAAGAAGAAUCAGGUCCUCCUGGUGAAAUAAACUGAGCCUUCUGGACCCAAGGCGACCUGGUCCCUCUCCACUAUCUCAUCCUUAGCUCUAGCCAUCCGUGUCAGCCUCACACUAGCGCCCGGAGGUGUGUGAGCCAACACAGACCUGGAUUAAAAUCUAAUGGCCACGCCACGCCUUGUUCUGUGCCUACUUGGUAAAUCUAUUGGUCAUCCCAUUGCACAGAUAGGGAAACUGAGGCAAGACUGUCUAGUCAUUGAAGAACUGGGACUCUGGGGUUCCUCAGAGAGAGGGAAGGAGGGGACCUUCUCAGGGUGUAUGGUGUGACUCUCUCUGGGGAGGUGGGAACAAGCAUCUCUCCAUCCCAGAUUGGACACUAAUGACAGACUGAAGAAAUGAAUCCAUCCAAGCCUGGUUUGUGCACUAGUGAGUUUAUUGGGGUUCCUUACAGGAGAACGAAUGAGGGGGUGCUCAUAUGAGUGAGGGUGACUGCAGAUAAACUUCUAAACGGUCUUAUUAAAUAAAGCCUUAAAAAUCAGGGAAAUAGUGAUAGCCACCAACCUUACCUCUCCAGUUCUACAGCUUCCAAAAGGGAGUGACUUUCUGUCUACCCGCGCCUUUAUUGCCUUGCUGUUCUGCCCUCUCAUUAGCUCUUAGCCCAGCUACCUCACUUCCUCGUCACUGCCUGUCUGUACAGACCUCCAGGUCUCUAUGGUUGGUACAGGGAUUAAAGGGCGUGUGUCACCACGCUUGGCUCUGUUCCCUAGUGUGUCCUUGAACACACAGAGACUCUGUCUGCCAUGUGAUCAGAUUAAGGGUGUGUGCUGCCACUGCCUGACUUUUGUGUUUGCUU